AACCAUCUAUUACGAAUUUCCACUAUACGUAAUAGUAAUGAAGUGAUAUUCAAACUGCCAUCACUUCUCUCUAAUGCAUGGACCCCUCUUUUGUCUCCCUAUAGCUAAGAAAUUAUCUACCCUAUACCCUAUACCUCAUCCUCAAAUCUUCCUCUUCUUCUUAUUGCUUAAGUUUUAUAAAUUCCUUAUCAUCUCUCCCAAAUUAGACACACACGUUUUUCCUUAAUUUGUUUGAGUAUAGCCUUGGUUAACUGUACCAAGAAUUUCACCCAAUUAUCAUCUUCAAUACUAGAUCCAUGAAUCCAUGUUACCAAAAUCAUACCAAACUCCUAUCACUUUCCAUUUGACCACAUGUGCUGAAAUCUUAACUCAAAUCAUUUUUCAAAAUCACCGAAUUUUUCCCUUAGACAAACCCACCUCAAAAACUCUACCUUUUUAAAACAACAAAUAUUUCAAAUCACAAUACAACCUAUAUAUAUAUAUGUAUCUCACCAACAUCCACAAAAUACAAAAAAACACUUGUUGUGUUCAACCUCAAGCGCACACACAUAGAACUUUGACAUGUCAGCUGCCGUAGCUGCUUCCGCCGCCUCCGCCGCUAUCUCCGGCUACCAGAACUCUUCCUCAAGCAGCACCAACCAUAGUGAUGAGUUAUUAACUUCACAAAGAGUGGAUGUUUCUGUUGCUCCACCUCUAAGUAGGUAUGAGUCACAAAAGAGACGUGAUUGGAACACUUUUGGUCAAUACCUAAAGAAUCAUCGUCCACCCUUAACACUCUCACGUUGUAGUGGUGCACAUGUUCUUGAGUUUCUUCGUUACUUGGAUCAGUUUGGAAAAACUAAGGUUCAUUCUGAAAACUGUGCUUAUUUUGGAAACUCAAACCCACCAGGUCCAUGUCCUUGUCCUUUGAAACAAGCUUGGGGUAGCCUUGAUGCUCUUAUUGGAAGGUUACGUGCUGCUUUUGAAGAGAACGGUGGUUCACCUGAGAUCAACCCUUUUGGAGCACGUGCUGUGAGAUUGUAUCUUAGGGAAGUUAGGGAUGCUCAAGCUAAAGCUAGAGGAAUUGGUUAUGAGAAGAAGAAAAGGAAGAAGUUGUCUCAAAAACAACAAAAUGGGUCGAUGAUUAUGGUGGAUCAGGAUCAUGGUCAUCAUGUUGAUGAUGUAGUGCAUUCAAGGUAUGAUCAUAUUCAUGGUGGUUUGGUUGAUCAAUACUCAAAUUUAAAUGGGACAACUUCUAGAAAUGCUGCUGCAGUUUCUUAUUAUUUAUCAUAGUUUAUUAUACACAAUAUUCCAUGCAUACAUAUAGAAGCUGUAAAAUCAUGAUCGACAGGUUCUAUGAUUAAUGUGGUAGGGCUCACAGAUGCACUAAGGAUGUGGUCGUUAUUAAUAGCUUAUCAGUUAUCAGUACUGUAGUGUUCUAUAUAAUUAACACUCAAAUUUGGUUAUAUAUUAUAUAUGCUUUGAUUCUGGUAAUUAACAGUGCUCUAUAAGUAUUGUGAAUUUGUAUAAUGAUGAUAUUCUCUUGUUUAUUAUUUA